AUGGUCCAGUGUGUAGCUUUCAAUUGUAAUAUUCGGAGUCAGAAGGGUGUAUCCAUGUACCUAUUUACAAAAGAUCCGAAGUUCAGGAGAAUUUGGACACGAAAUUUACGUCGCGACGGAUUCAAAGUUACCGACUAUUCAAAGUUAUGUGCCAAACAUUUUACGCUCGACCAAUUUACUACAAACCCUGCUUUAGCGAAAAAGAAAAAGAAGCUGGAUCUUCGGCCAGAUGGGAUUCCCACUCUGUUUGGCCUCCCGAUCGAGAAAGUGGAGAAAAAACCGAGGAAAUCUACAGCCUUCUUCAAGCGAAGGAAGAUCGGGGUGAUUAGGGAACAUCAGAGUAUCAUGAUUCAAGCAUGUCCAGAGACCAGAGAAAUAGGUGUUCACAUUGCUUACAUUGUGGCAUCCUAA